UGUUGAACGUCCCAACGAGCAGCCCUUGUCAGCUUAGCAGCUUAGACUGGCGUGUGUGCUAUCUGUCAGUCCGAAGAAAGCGGAUUGAGUAGCUAGAAUUUCUGUCAAAACGCCAGUGUAAUGUGUGUGUCCUUGAGCGUAUUACUUGAUUUAUUCUAACAAAUAACCAAGUGAUUCACAUUGCGCGAAAAGGCGGUGUUUGCGUGUGCGCCCUCGUCGCUUUACCAAGUGCUCGUAGAUGAAUUGUGUGCGUGAUUAGUGACAGUGAAGUAGCGAACCAACGAACGAACGAGACGGUCGAAUGACUAACGAACGUACCAACCAACGACUAUAGAACGGGACGCGGAGACAAAAUCUGGCGCUGUCAAGUGACUCUUGUGCAGGUAGUGGCAAGGAGGCGAGACCAGGCUUACGCCGUAAGCUUAGACCACAUACGUAGGGCAUUGCUAGCCAGCUACUACCACGGCAGUAUCUGAACGUGGCAGCCUGAUUUAAGUCCGGCGAAGCUCGAGACGAGGGUGACGUUCUAGUCAUGGCAGAGGACGAGGUUCUGUUCGACGAUGUUUACGAGCUCUGUGAAAUAAUUGGCAAAGGGCCCUUCAGCGUCGUUCGAAAAUGCAAUCAUCGCCAGACCGGACAAACCUUUGCGGUAAAGAUUGUCGACGUAGCAAAAUUCACAUCCAGUCCUGGACUCAGUACAGCCGACCUGAAACGCGAGGCAACAAUAUGUCACAUGUUGAAGCAUCCACACAUAGUGGAACUCCUAGAAACUUACAGUUCCGAAGGAAUGCUGUACAUGGUAUUCGAAUACAUGGAUGGAUCGGACCUCUGCUUCGAAGUCGUACGCCGUGCAACAGCUGGUUUUGUCUACAGUGAAUUGGUCGCUAGCCACUACAUGCGACAGAUUUUGGAAGCCCUGCGCUACUGCCACGAAAACGAUAUUAUUCAUCGGGAUCUUAAACCGCAGUGCGCGCUUCUAGCUGGAAGGGAAAAUUCCGCACCUGUUAAACUUCGUGGAUUUGGUGUCGCGGUGCAGUUACCAACAUCACAAACAAACGGCCUCGAAUGUUUCGCGAGCGAGUAUCGGCGAAGUCUGAGCCCAAAGGGGCAGCUCUACUUGAAGGCCGACACCGAGGGACUGACACCCCAGAGCAGCAAUUUCCCUUUCGAGGACCUGACAGAUGCGGAGGACUCGCUUGUCAGCGACACAGAAGAGAAUAUCGGGCGAGUUGGGUGUCCACAUUUCAUGGCACCGGAAGUUAUUCUACGAAGGCAGUACGGAAAAGCAGGAGAUGUCUGGGCUGCCGGGGCGCUUCUUCACGUCCUUUUGACCGGAAGUUUACCUUUCGUUGGUUCACGAGAACGUUUGCGCGAAGCCAUCUGCAGAGGACGGAUACAGAUGGAAACACCAAUUUGGGACACAAUUAGCGAAACCGCCAAGGACCUCCUCAAACGGAUGCUUGCUACGGAUGUGAACCACAGAAUCACGAUUCAAGAAGUUUUGAACCACAAAUGGCUUAGGGACCGUGACAAGGGCGCGGCGCGAAUACAUUUAGGAGACACAAUAGAAGAACUGAAGAAAUUUAACGCAAGACGGAAACUGAAAGACGCCGUAAUAGCUGCUGUCUCCUCUCCAAAGUGGCACACUCACUACCCGGAGACGAAUGCCGACAGUUUUUCAGACGUUGGUGACGAUGAACUCACAACCACAGGAGCGGUAGCGGAAAUUCUAGACUCGUUGGACGACAUCGAAAUUCUUCAAGAAAGCGCUCGACUUUCAGUCUCGGAGAUAUUGUCCACCGUUGACGAUCUUCCACUUCGAGCGAUAUUGGAGCUUUACGACAGAAUUUCGAGUAGAGUUCCUACGCCGACCAGGGCACCCUCCGCAGAUGCCGUACAACGCGCUCGGGAGGUCGAGGAAGUCCUUCGAGAGGCCGAACUUUCUGUCAUGAGAAAUGUCGACCGGGGUGAUCUGCGGGAGCUACGGGAACUCCUCGUUCAACCGCAUCUAAGGGCGCUCCUCCAAGCGCAUGAUGUGGCAGGACACGAUGUCUAUGGUGAAGAGGCAACCAGAGUCACACCCCCGCCCCUUCUCCCAUAUCUAAACGGAGGGGAUGAACUCGAAGGACAAAACGGUGAUCUAGAACUUGAGAAUGUUACUCGUGUCCGGUUGGUACAGUUCCAGAAGAACACCGAUGAACCAAUGGGAAUCACGCUGAAGAUGAACGAAGACGGUAAGUGCGUUGUGGCACGCAUUAUGCACGGCGGAAUGAUCCAUAGACAAGCAACGCUUCACGUGGGAGAUGAGAUCAGAGAAAUCAACGGAGUUCCAGUCGCAAAUCAAUCGGUCAACGCGUUACAAAAAAUUCUCCGUGAGGCGAGAGGAUCGGUGACCUUCAAGAUAGUGCCAUCGUACAGGAGCGCGCCACCCCCCUGCGAGGUACAAUUGUUCAGGAUUAGGCCUCUGCCAGUGUUAAUAUUUGUGCGUGCCCAGUUCGAUUACGAUCCUCUUGAAGACGAGUUGAUCCCGUGCGCACAAGCGGGAAUUGCUUUCAAAACUGGGGAUAUCCUUCAGAUCAUCAGUAAAGAUGACCACCAUUGGUGGCAGGCGAGGAAGGACAACGCAGCGGGAUCGGCGGGACUCAUUCCCUCCCCGGAAUUACAGGAGUGGCGUACCGCCUGCGUCGCCAUGGAAAAAACUAAGCAGGAACAAGACGCCGAAGGAGAAGGAGGAUGCUCUUCUCAUGCCGAGGGCUGCGACGGCUCCACAGUGAAUUGCUCAAUAUUUGGUCGAAAGAAGAAGCAGUACAAGGAUAAAUAUCUGGCGAAGCACAACGCGGUCUUCGAUCAGCUGGAUCUGGUCACUUAUGAGGAGGUCGUCAAGCUUCCCUCAACAGAUCCUGCCUUCCAACGCAAGACUCUCGUUCUCCUGGGUGCGCAUGGCGUCGGUCGUCGGCAUAUCAAGAACACCAUUAUCGCCAAGCACCCCGACAAAUACGCCUAUCCCAUUCCACAUACAACGAGACCUCCCCGGAACGACGAAGAAAAUGGACGGAACUAUUACUUCGUAUCCCACGACGAAAUGAUGGCUGAUAUCGCGGCAAACGAGUAUUUAGAAUACGGAACACACGAAGAUGCAAUGUACGGCACAAAAUUAGAAACUAUACGAAAAAUUCACGAGGAAGGCCGGAUGGCGAUUCUGGACGUAGAACCUCAAGCCCUGAAGGUACUUCGCACCGCGGAGUUCGCGCCCUACGUCGUUUUCAUCGCUGCCCCAGUUCUGCAGAACCUUGCCGACUACGAUGGAAGUUUGGAACGACUUGCUAAGGAAUCCGACAUGCUGAGGCAAGCUUACGGGCAUUUCUUCGACCUUACGAUCGUGAACAACGACAUUGAAGAAACGAUUGCUUCUCUGGAGGCGGCGAUCGAACGCGUACAUACAACACCACAGUGGAUUCCUGUUUCCUGGGUCUACUGACAGCGGAGCUCGCCGACCCGAGCGAUAUUCACCGAAUACAACGGCUUCAACGGUCCUGCAAAGGUCGUUAAGCAGUGAUUAGGUACAACGCAAAGGAGGGCUACCAAAAAUAAUCGGCACGUAGUUAUAAAACGUGGAACAAUCAAUCAAAUAUUAGUCAGUGACACUCGGAACCUUAGACCAAUCAAGUACGUCACCGCGAGCAAUGCCGAAGCCGGAGACGUGACCGCGUGUUCAUAAUUAUUAAUAAUAUAUAUACAUAUAUAUUACAAAGAUUAA